AUGACAGGAAAAUUCACCCUCAAAGAUCCAGUUCGUUGUGCUCACUAUGCUCGGUUCUUCCAGCACCUUACAUUGACUGAGGCAAACAUCCUUUACUGGUUUCUAUCUAACAACUUAACGGCGGAAUUUUCCAAAGCGGGCUCCAGCACUCCUCGGCAAACCCGCCGUCUACGUCGCCGUCGCCUUCACUACCUCUCCAUAGCAUCCCUCUGUUUCAUCCUCGCCCUAAUCUGUGUUGUUCUCGAAGUAUUCGCAGCAUUCAACAUCGAAUACUGUGAUGGUGAAGACCUCAUCCAGCUCUACUGGGGAUUCUGGUCAAUCCUCCAAGUCGGUUCUCUCAUCGCUAUUUUGGGGGUAAUGCUCCAAUUUUGGAUCGUACUUGGAAAUGUACAGACGCCAAGUUGGGCCGUGGCUUUAGGGACCCCGGUGUUGGUUUUUGCGGCACUGGGAUAUAUCUUCAGACAUAUCGGAAAGAGCUGGAUCUGCCGAAAAAGCAGCAUUGAGAGUGAGGAUGAUACAGAUGUUGAAAAAGGCAGUAGUGAGGAAAAUGAGGAUGCAGAGGAGAAUGCAAAGGAUGAGGAGAAGACGGGGAGUUGGGCUGCGAGGUGGAUUACUUGGGCUCCUGAAGAUCAGCUGAUGAGGGAGAGAAAUGAGGAUAGCUUGGAUAGGGUGAGGACUAUGAGAUCAGGCGAUUGUUCGGAUAUGGAGUUUGCCAGUAGGGCAACAACAAUCUACACACCGGGUCAACCUGGAGAUGUUAGAAGGACCUCGACAUAUUGA